GGUGUACAAAAUGACAUUCUCCAGAAAGUGGACCUUAAUUUAAUCAAUGAAGAUGUCUGCAGUGAGCUGUACAAUUAUCGGAUUACUCCAAGAAUGUUUUGUGCUGGAGAUACUGUUGGGACUAAAGAUUCAUGUGAAGGUGACUCUGGAGGUCCACUUGUUUGCCAAGAACCUAAAGGACGAUGGUUUAUAGCAGGAGUGGUGAGCUGGGGGUUUGGUUGCUCAAGACCAAGACGUUUUGGAAUAUAUACUAGAAUAACUAGACUUGUUGGAUGGAUUCAUAAUGUCACUGCCCAAUAA